AUUUGCUUCCUGAUUGCCAGCUCGACCGCCGCGAUUACAGUUUCAGACAGACCCCGUCGAUCUGUGCCGAUGCUAUGAGGUCGACCGUGUUUCUGCUGCUCGCCCUUGCCGCCCUCGGGGCAACCCAAGAGCCCCAGAGGGGCUCCGUGUGGCCCAAGCCUCAGAGCACGGUUCGCUUCCACAACAAUGGAUUCGUCAUUGUCUCCAUCAACACGUUCAGGUUCAACGUGACACGCAACAAGUGCGAUAUCCUGAGUGCCGCACUGACCAGGUACUACAAGUACCUGUCGCUGGAGCGCGAGGCAGGCUAUAGUGAGCGCGUCAACUUCCGCGCGGGCAGCAAUGAGGUACCCCUCGGCGAGCAACCGCUCUCCUCCAACUCCAGCUACCGUGGCCGCAUCGACUCUCUUGAGGUUGAUCUGAUGGCCCGCUGCGAGGACACCCCGUACUUUGGCAUGGAUGAGCACUACGAGCUGAGGGUUGACAGCCCCGACGUACCGCUCGGCGCCAAGCUGGUAGCUCAUUCAAUUUGGGGAAUUUUGAGGGGACUCGAGACCUUUGUCCAGCUGGCUGCACCCUCCGCUGAUGGCACAGCGCUUCACAUGAGCAGCUGCAUGAUCUCGGAUUAUCCGCGCUUUCCUCAUCGCGGUCUGUUGGUCGACACGGCCCGCCACUUUAUGCCGAUUGAAACCCUACACAAAAUCAUCGAUGGUAUGGAGGCGAGUAAACUUAACACCUUCCACUGGCACAUCGUCGACGACCAGUCCUUCCCUUAUCAGAGCAAGCUAUACCCGGAGCUAAGCGACAAGGGAGCGUAUAACCCACUUUCACACGUCUACACGCAGAACGAUGUCAAGGCGUUAAUUGAAUACUGCAGACUCAGAGGCAUCAGGGUCAUCCCUGAAUUCGACACGCCAGGUCACACGCUAUCUUGGGGCAACUCACAUCCCGAGUUGCUGACCAAAUGCUACAACAGCAAAAGUCCGCUUGGACCAAUGGAUCCGACCAAAAAGUCCACGUACAGAUUCAUUCAGAACUUCUUCUCAGAAAUUGCUGAGGUAUUCCCUGACCGGUACUUCCACGUUGGCGGCGACGAAGUCUCUAAGGACUGCUGGAAAAGCAACCCUGAUAUCAACAAUUGGAUGAGGGAGAACAACAUCAGCGGCUUGUACAACAAACUAGAGAGCUUCUACAUCAACAAAGCUGUUCAUCUCAUCUACUCGCUCAACAUGAGCACUAUCGUUUGGCAGGAGGUGUUCGACAACGGCGACACCCAGUUGGACAAUAACACGGUCGUACAUAUUUGGAAACUUGGCAGCUUUAUGGAGGAAUUGCGGAAGACGACAUCAGCUGGAUACAUGACCCUCCUAUCGUCUUGCUGGUACCUGGACCAUCUGAAGAGUGGUGGUGACUGGACCGAGAUGUACCAGUGCGACCCGCAUAAUUUUGAUGGCACCGAGGAGCAGAAAAGAUUGAUUCUUGGCGGCGAGGCAUGCAUGUGGUCUGAGUUCGUCGACUUCACGAACGUAGUGCCGAGGGUAUUUCCGCGGGCCAGUGCAGUGGCUGAGAGACUGUGGAGCGACCGCUCGGUCAAGGAUAUUCGGGACGCCACCCAGCGGCUCGACGAGUUCAGGUGCCGCCUCCUCAGGAGGGGAGUGCACGCCCAGCCAUCCAGGGGCCCAGGCUACUGCCCUGGGGAGAUCUUUUAGCACAGACAAUAAUAAUGUUCGUUCGUGUGCGUGAUGGGCUGCGGUAUUUUUUUCAAGUGUUUUUUGUUUUGAUGCGGCAUUAAAAUACGACGCAAAUAUUAUGCGAUUGAAUUAAUUACUGACUUGUGUAUUAGAAAAAUAUGUGAAUGCAUUUUUUAUUUGUCCACGAUGCAUAAAUCAAGGUAUUUUUUAUAACUAA